AUGGCUGCGCCAAACACGCUCAAAGGUGCCAUCCACGGCCAAUCAAAUGCUACGGCCGUCAUAAUACCUGCAGCAAAGCCUGGGGACGCGGCCCUCACCGUGACUUAUGCUGGGCUCGUCGCCGAGGUGUCCAAGUUUCAGGCCAAGCUCGCCGCCAUAGGCAUCACCCAAGGGUCCGCCGUAUCCAUUGCCACGGUGAACUCGUACGAGUUCAUCGUGUCGUUCCUGGCGUCGAGCUGGCAGCGUGGCAUUGCUGCACCCCUGAACCCAAACUACAAGCAGGACGAGUUUGAGUUCUACAUCGAGGAUGUCAAGUCCGCCAUUGUGCUGGUGCCUCGCGGUGCCUUUGCCGCCGGCAGCCCUGCCGUCAAGGCCGCCAAGCGCUUCAACGCUGCUGUUGCCGAGUGCUACUGGGACGCCCAUAAGGCAGAGGUUGCUCUGGAUGUCAAGGACUUGGGCCUGCUGAAGGGUAACGGAGGACAAAAGCUUCUUGAACCUCAGCCCGAGGACACUGCUCUUGUGCUGCACACCAGUGGAACAACCUCUCGACCCAAGGUGGUCCCCUUGUCACACCGUAAUUUGACGAGGACUAUGGACAACAUCAAAAACACCUACCAGCUGACCCCGGCGGACAGAACCAUGCUCGUCAUGCCGCUCUUCCACGUCCAUGGUCUGCUCUGCGGCCUCCUGGCACCUUUCUACACCGGAGGGUCCAUGGUGGUCCCGACCAAGUUCUCCGCCUCGGACUUUUGGCGCGACUUUGUGCAGCACGGCGCGAAUUGGUACACGGCCGUGCCCACGAUCCACCAGAUCCUGCUCAAGAACCCAGCGCCGAGCCCUCUGCCCAAGAUCCGCUUCAUCCGCUCCUGCUCCUCGCCGCUCUCCCCGACCGUCUUCGCCCAGCUCGAGGAGAAGUUCGGCGCGCCCGUGCUCGAGGCCUACGCCAUGACCGAGGCGGCGCACCAGAUGACGUCGAACCCGCUUCCGCCGGCCAAGAGAAAGCCGGGCAGCGUGGGCAUCGGCCAGGGCGUCGAGGUGCGCAUCCUGGACGGCGAGGGCAACGAGCUGCCGCGCGGCGUCGAGGGCGAGAUCUGCAUCCGGGGCGAGAAUGUCACGAGCGGCUACCUCAACAACGCCGAGGCCAACGCGAGCGCCUUCACCAAGGGAGGCUUCUUCCGCACCGGAGACCAGGGCAAGAUGGACCCCGAGGACGGCUACGUCACCAUCACGGGCCGCAUCAAGGAGCUCAUCAACAAGGCCGGCGAGAAGAUCUCGCCCAUCGAGCUCGACAACGUCAUCACCCGCCACGCCGCCGUCUCCGAGGCCGUCAGCUUCGCCGUCCCGAGCGAGCUUUACGGCCAAGACGUCGGUGUAGCAGUAGUGCUCAAGCCCGGAGCCAAGCUUGGGAAGGACGAGCUGCGGGAGUGGGUUGCGGCCAGGCUGGCCAAGUUUAAGGUGCCCGAGAAGAUUUACUACACGGAAAUCAUGCCCAAAACGGCCACGGGCAAGAUUCAGCGCCGCAUAGUCGCCGAGACGAUGCAGAAGCAAGACAACAAGGCUAAGCUGUGA